CUGUGCGCGCCCCGGCGGCGGCGUGGUCCUGGUGGGCUGCGGUCCGCGCGCUGCCGCGGCCGCCCUCUUCGGAGGUGGGAGGGGCAGACGGAGCAGGCGCGGGCCCGGCGGAAGCCAUGUUUGUGGCGCGCAGUAUCGCGGCGGACCAUAAGGAUCUCAUCCAUGAUGUCUCUUUCGACUUCCACGGGCGACGGAUGGCUACCUGCUCCAGUGACCAGAGCGUCAAGGUCUGGGAUAAAAGUGAAAAUGGGGAUUGGCAUUGUACUGCUAGUUGGAAGACACAUAGUGGAUCUGUGUGGCGUGUGACAUGGGCCCAUCCUGAAUUUGGACAGGUUUUGGCUUCUUGUUCUUUUGACCGAACAGCUGCUGUGUGGGAAGAAAUAGUAGGAGAAUCAAAUGAUAAACUGCGAGGACAGAGUCAUUGGGUUAAGAGGACAACUCUAGUGGAUAGCAGAACAUCCGUUACCGAUGUGAAAUUUGCUCCUAAGCAUAUGGGUCUUAUGUUAGCAACCUGUUCGGCAGAUGGUAUAGUAAGAAUAUAUGAGGCACCAGAUGUUAUGAAUCUCAGCCAGUGGUCUCUGCAGCAUGAGAUUUCAUGUAAGCUAAGCUGUAGUUGUAUUUCUUGGAACCCUUCAAGCUCUCGUGCUCAUUCUCCCAUGAUAGCUGUAGGAAGUGAUGACAGUAGUCCAAAUGCAAUGGCCAAGGUUCAGAUUUUUGAAUAUAAUGAAAACACCAGGAAAUAUGCAAAAGCUGAAACCCUCAUGACAGUCACAGAUCCUGUCCAUGAUAUUGCCUUUGCUCCAAACUUGGGAAGGUCUUUCCACAUUCUAGCCAUAGCAACCAAAGAUGUGAGAAUUUUUACAUUAAAGCCUGUGAGGAAAGAACUUACCUCCUCUGGUGGACCAACAAAAUUUGAAAUCCAUAUAGUGGCUCAGUUUGAUAAUCAUAAUUCCCAGGUCUGGCGAGUGAGUUGGAAUAUAACAGGAACAGUGUUAGCAUCUUCAGGAGAUGAUGGCUGUGUAAGAUUAUGGAAAGCUAAUUAUAUGGACAAUUGGAAGUGUACUGGUAUUUUGAAAGGUAAUGGGAGCCCUGUCACUGGGAAUUCUCAGCAGGGAAACUCAAAUCCUUCCCUAGGUUCAAAUAUCCCAAAUCUUCAAAAUUCAUUAAAUGGAUCUUCUUCUGGCAGAAAGCACAGCUGAGUACCAGCUAACUGGAGUAACUUUGCUGUUUUGCUGCUUGUUGCAUGCACACAGGAAUGGAAAGCGAGCUCCUUUUCCCCUUCCCCAGCGCCGUUUGACCUCUCCCAAGAUACACCAGCAGCCUGCUUACUACUAAACGCAAUCCAAAAGGCCUUUAAAAAUACCGUGUAUAUCAUUUUUUUUUGUACUAGCCAGUUUUAUUGACACUAUUUGAAACUUUUGAAAUAUAAAUGGAGAGGCUUUUUGUUGAGACAUUGUCACCAAAACAAUUUUUUGAAAUGUUCCCGAAACUAACAUGGGUUUAAAAUUAAAAGGAUUGUUACUAUCCUUGUAAGUAGUUGGGAGGAGGGAAAAUACCACUUUAUUCCAUUUGGAGAAUACAGGCUUAUUUCUUUUGUUUUCUAAAACAGUAAGCGAAAAUGAUGAAUUUUUAUAAUUUUAAUUUGAAGAUUGAAUAAAUAUUUUUCAUAAAGAUUGUUUUGAGUGCUAAUCUGUUUAUUACCUUUUGUAGAAUUGGCUUAUACGUGAUAUUAUUUAAUACAACUCUGUCAUUUCUUUGUAAUAUUUAAAAAAUAUUAGUAAAGGAGUGAGAGAAGUAGUAGUGAAAUGAAAGUAAUUUGACUGUACAGUUUGUGGCCAAAUUAAACAUAUGGUAUUGCUUCAUUUAUAAUAUGGUAGUAAAAUGAAAACAUCUUUGUAAGUUUUCAAUUCAUAUUCACUAAAGAGCUAAAUGUUUCUAAUAUGUGCUUGUAUAUUUUUUAUGAUGUAAUUCCAUGGCUUUAAGUUUUCCUUCAAGUCAAAAUUUGGAAACAUACUAUAAGAGGAGCAGUUAAAAAUUUGCUGAAAUUGUGCAUGCACAUUAACCUCCACAUUCCAAGCCUCAGGAUUUUAAUUUAGUUGGCUGCUUCAUUUAGUUCAUAUUCUUUAGAACUUUGACCUUGAUGACAAAGCUAUAAGUCUUUGUUUGCUAAUGUGCUUAAGUAUUACGGGUAAGUUACAAAAUGGCAAAAGAAUAACAAUAGGACAUAUUCUUUGAGCUCUUUUACUUAUCAAAAUUUUGUACUAUUUAAAGUUUUUUGCAGAAAAGCAGCUAAGUGUUUUCAAAGAUUGUAUUUCUUCAGAAGUAUAUUGCAAUAGCUGGCCAUACUUUGUGAAAGUAUAUUUGGAUUGGUUCUCAGUGUCCUGUAUGCACUACAAAACAUGUGCCUGCUGCUACUACAAACGAAGCAUUGCUUAAAAUAAAAAGCUUAUUAGAUUUGUAAA